AUAAAUAUAUUCAGGUUUUGUCUCUUAGUGUCAUUAGUCAAAUGUAAAGUCUAAACAGUAAUAAAAAUGACUAAAAAAAAUUCCAUUACCAAAAUUUCAAAAAAUAUUUUUCAUGUAACCGAAAGUGGAAAAAAUGAACAAGACCUAUCAUCCGGUCCAGCUGAUUUUGAAACAGCAAUCUCAACAACUGGUUUUGGAAAAUUUAAUUUUUUGCUCAUAUUAAUUGCCAUUCCAGCUGGGUGGUCCUCUAUUUUUGAAACAACAACGAUGUCGUAUGUAUUUCCAGCAGCUCAGUGUGACCUUGAUCUAAGUUUAGACGACAAGGGAUUACUAAAUGCAGCUACAUAUUUAGGGAUGAUUUCGAGUGCAUUAAUAUGGGGAUUUCUCUUUGAUACCUUGGGCAGAAAAAAACUCUUAACGAUUGGAUUUUUCUUGGACGCCACAUUUGUAGUAUUAAGCGGUUUUUCCCAAACAAAAACGUGGCUAAUAGUUUCAAAAUUUUUAGGAGGUUUCAUAAUAAAUGGUCCGUUUGCCGCACUUACCUCAUAUAUAUCUGAAUUCCAAUGUGCUAAAAAUCGCGCAAGAAUGCAGUUGGUCCUUGGAGCGAUUUUUAACUUUGGUACUGUAAUUCUACCACUUUUGGCCUGGGCUAUUUUACCUCAAAAUUUGACGACUUCUAAUAAUUUGUUUGAACUUCAUUCGUGGAACAUAUAUCUUUUAUUCUGUGGAGUACCGUCUAUCCUUAGUACCAUAAUCUUUAUAUUUAUGCCAGAAAGUCCAAAAUUUUUAAUGACAAUAGGACAAAAUGAAAAAGCACUGAAAGUGUUUCAAAAUGUCUACAGUAUGAAUACAGGAAACCCUCCUGAAAGUUAUCCGGUUAAAAAACUUAUUGACGAAAUAGAACUCAAAAAGAAUAAACCUGAUCAACAUGGAGGUGUAGUAACAGCCAAUCGGAGUAAAAUUCAAGCCCUUAAAGAAGGGUGGCAGCAAAUGAAACCUAUAUUUUAUCCACCUUACCUGAAGCAUGUUAUAUUAGUGUGUAUAAUUCAAACUUUGUUUACUAUGAGUUUGAAUUCCUUGCGUCUCUGGUUACCCCAAAUUUUUCAAGCUAUAACUGACUAUCAACAUUUUAACAAUGGAUCUACUGCAGACCUGUGUCGAAUGUUGGAAAUAUUGCAGCCUUCACCAACAUCGGAUGGAUGCGUUGUGAAUCUCGAUAAUUCUCCGGUCUACAUCAACUCCAUCAUUGUGGCAUCAGUUUCAAUGUGUAGUUAUUUUUUUGCUGGAUACCUUAUCAAUAUUUUAGGAAAAAAGAAGCUCUUAAGUGUUUGUGCGACUAUUUCUGGAUUUUGUGCCUUUUUGAUAUAUUUCUCAACAAAUACAGCAUUUGCAGUUACAUUUGCUUCCUUGUUUGUAGCGUCCACAAGUGUAGCAACAAAUGUUGUUUUAACAGUUAUUAUUGAUUUAUUUCCCACAACCCUAAGGACAAUGACGGUAUCCCUUGCAAUGAUGUUGGCUAGAAGUGGAGCAAUGAUAGGAAAUAUUGUGUUUCCGUUUCUUCUUCGAAGCGGCUGCGCUCCUCCAUUUUUUUCAAUUGGUGGUGUAAUAUUAGGUUGUGGCUUUUUAUCAAUGUUGUUACCAAACACAGAUCUAAAAGCAUUGGAAUAAAAUUCAAAUUAUGUACAUGACGGUGAAGACUGAAGUAUUGUAAUGCACUGUAAAUAAAAUUCUACUAAA